AUGCUCUCCAGGAGGCCGCUCGCCGCCGCCCUACGCCUCGCGCCCCUCUCGCCUCCGCUCCUCCUCUUCUUCGCCUCCUCCUCCUCCUCCUCGUCGUCACCCGCCUCGUGCUCCUCCCCCACCGCUUCGGCCUCGGCCCCCAGAGGCUGCAGUGCUCUAAGGAUGGAUAGCGGCGCUGUGGAACCAGCUUCAACCGGGGCAAUCUGGUCAACGCCGUCGGUGGAGCCGAGAAGCAUUUCCAUCGGGAAGCAGAUAUUCUGCAACAGGUCUCUCAACAUGAGGAACAUCACCGCAGUAGGAUUUGAUAUGGACUACACUCUUGCGCAGUACAAACCUGAGACAUUCGAGGCCCUUGCUUACCAUGGCACCAUUGAGAAGCUCGUGAAGGAUCUCAACUACCCUGAGGAGCUGUUGACAUGGCAAUUUGACUGGAAGUAUAUGGUCAGAGGACUAGUUCUUGAUAAGAAAAGAGGAAAUAUCUUGAAGAUGGACCGGCACAAGUAUGUAAAAGUUGCAUACCAUGGAUUUAGGGAGAUGUCGAAGGAAGAAAAAGUUGCUGCUUAUGGGAGUACAUUGAUAAGGGAUUCCUUCGAUGAACCUGAUUAUGCCCUUAUAGAUACACUUUUCUCACUGGGUGAAGCCUAUCUGUUUGCUCAGCUUGUUGAUUUCAUGGACAGCAAUCCUGCAAAAGUACCUUCAGGCACUGACUAUGCGCAUAUGUAUAGAGAUGUGAGGUCUGCGGUUGAUCUGUGUCAUCGUGAUGGAACUUUAAAACGAAUGGUUGCAAAGGAACCUAGCAGGUAUAUCAAUGAAGACUUGGCAAUUGUGCCGAUGCUUCAAAUGCUUAGAAAAUCUGGACGCUCCACAUUCUUGGUGACAAACAGUUUAUGGGACUACACUGAUGUUGUCAUGAACUACCUAUGUGGGCCAUAUAUGUCAGAUGUAAGCUCAAGUCACAACCACAAGUGGCUUGAGUAUUUUGAUGUUGUUAUAACAGGCAGUUCAAAGCCAAGCUUUUUUCAUGAUGAUAACCGAACAGGAUUGUUUGAAGUUGAGCCUGAUUCUGGGAAACUUCUAAAUGCUGAUCUUCAGAUUGGAAGCCCAAGAUCAAGUCAACAUCAGCCAAAACCAAUUCACAAAGUUUACCAGGGAGGCAAUGUUGGUCAUCUUCACAGACUACUUUCUGUUGCUUCUAGUUCGCAGAUCCUCUAUGUUGGUGAUCACAUAUAUGGAGACAUACUCCGCAGCAAGAAAGUUCUAGAUAAAAAUACACAUGCCAAUUUGCGUGCAUGCUUGAUCAAUUCAAGUUGGCGGACUAUGCUGGUAAUACCUGAGCUGGAGCAAGAGGUGAAGCUUCAAUCAGAAUCAAAGUCUACUCGAAAGGAGCUUAGACACCUUAGAAUGGAGCGUGAUUCAGUUGAAGACACGAUCCAUCGCCUUGAAUGGUCUCUUCAAUUUGAAGAUCUUACAGAGAAUGAGAAGGGAAAGUUGUUUUCUGAGCAUGAUAAUCUACUGCAAAAGCUGAAGGGUAUCCGCUGCCUUCUCCGAGAUGCUCAGAUGCAACAUCACCAGAAGUUUCACAAGGUGUGGGGACAGCUUAUGAAGACUGGGUACCAAAACUCUCGGUUUGCUCACCAGGUCGAGAGAUUUGCGUGCCUAUACUGCAGCCAAGUUACAGACUUUGGGUUGUAUUCUCCCAACAAGUAUUACCGUCCAAGCGAAGAUUACAUGCCCCAUGAGUUCGAUGUGCUUGGCCUGUAG